CCGGCAGCCCGCACCGCCCGCCUCCCGCCGAGCCACGGCCGCCGCCGUCCCGGAUCCGCCGCCUCGCGCCGAGCCCCCGGGGAGCGCUGGCAGAGAGGCGGGCUUCGUGCUAAAGUGCACGUGCUGAAGAAAGUCUCUGUGGCACCCCGUGGGAUUUGGCAUUCUGCUGUGAGGAUUACUGCCGGGAGAUGCCUGGCUAAUUCCCAGUGCAUACUGUUCCCACAGACAACCUGGAAAUGGGUGCGGUUGACGUGCGCAGUAGCAACAAAGAUUCUUCUUUGUAAUCCUUCUUUAGAUCCUGGGCUAUUGUCAGAAGAAAUCUGGACCAUCCACAGAAAAUAGUCUCGGAGGUGCGCUGCAAGUAGAGGCCUGAGAGUUUUGCUUUUCGUGUACAAUAAUCCUCAGCAUGUUGUUAUUCUGUCACAUGCUGGCCGGAGCCUUUCUUCCCUUCCUCAUCCUUUCAGGAAGCUGGGUUUCAGCUGAGAACAUCAACUUUUACAACGUGAGACCUCCGCUAGACCCCACUCCAUUCCCAAACAGCUUUAAGUGCUUUACCUGUGACAACGCGGUGGACAAUUACAACUGUAACAGAUGGGCUGAAGACAGGUGGUGUCCUGAAAGUACUCGGUACUGUUUGACAGUUCAUCUCUUCACAGACCACGGGAAGAGUACAUCGGUCACCAAAAAAUGCGCUACUGGAGAAGAAUGCCAUUUUGUAGGCUGCCACCAUCACAGGGAAAGUGGCCACACAGAGUGUGUUUCUUGCUGUGAAGGCAUGAUCUGCAAUGUAGAAAUACCAACCAACCACACAAAUGCCGUAUUUGCUGUGUUGCAUGCCCGCAGGACGUCGGAUGGCAGCAGGUGGACGGUCAGCGUUGCCCUGCUCAUAUCGGUCCUGGUGAUCGCCUUGUCAUGAUGCAGCGUCCUCCCGUCACUUCUGCCUGAGAGGGUCCGCCUUUCUGCGGGCCCUAAGGAACCCUAAGGAGAUUGUUUCAGUAUGUGCAAGGAGAAAUCACCAAUACUGCUUAAUUACAUACAAUGCAAGGGGACAGUGGAAAGGCAAGCGUACAUCAUGAAGUCCUCGGAUGUUCUAGUGAAGAUACUUCAUUCGGCCUGCAGUACUUUUUAAAAAACAACCACCCACUGGUUGACUGGGCAGUGGCGUGGACUCAAGUUACUAUAAUUCACUAUUUUAUGAUGACAAUACACGUAAGCUCGGCAUGUCUUUUGAACAGAGAAAAGUGUCAGUAGACAAUUGCUUUCCCAGGUGAGAUAAGAAGGAACUUUUGAUGGACGAUGUGCCAACAGGUAUCUCAGUGGAGACUGUUUUUAAACUGGUUUUCAUUGUGCAUAAAUAACGAAUAAGUUUCUUGUCGUGAUCAACAGGUGUAUAUAAGCUUAUCUUUAGUUAUGGUUUUCAUAGAGAACAUAUAUGAGAGAAUUUUUUAUCUGUUUUGAUCAGAGCUAUCACUUCUGCUGGAAAUAAUACAAAAUAAUACUUAUAGCUUUCUUUUCUGUACAAAUGUGGUCUCACACUCAGAUUUUAAAACAGUGUGAAAUGAUGUAUAAUUUCUGUCUGAACAUGAUGAACUGUUUGGGCACCUAAAUCAGAAUUUUCCCCCCACAAAGGGAUUAUUUUCUUGCAAUGGAGUCUCACGUCAGCUGAAUCUUUGUGGUAUUGCUCAAAGUGGUGGUAAUACCAUGACUUUGAAAUUGCAGCCACGGUCAAGCAGCUACGUUAUAAAGAGAAGAGCGUACUGUGUUCCCUCUUGAUUUGCAGAAGUUUCUCCCAGAAAAGUUACUGGCCUUGAUGGAUCUUCAACUUGUAAGUCGGCACUGUUGGAUAUCCCAGGCCUCUGGACGUCAUUGUUAUGUAGCUUUGCCACCCCCAUUUGAAAAGUUCAGGCCAAGAUUCUGUUUUCCCUUACAAUAUCGGGGGGUUUAAUGUGAUUUAUUUGCAUAGUUCGACAGUUUGACUCCUUAUCAUUUAGACGACCGUUCAUCAACGAGAUGAACAGUUGCAAAUUUGACAAAUAGUAGAGUGUAGGUUACAGAUAGACAUAUUAAAACCUUUGUAAACCUUGUGGUGCAGAGCGGGAUAAAUAAGCUGCUUGCGUGAAUUCUCGCCCCUUAUAGCGCAGAACGGUGCUUUCCAGGGCUCUGACAGAUCCAGCUGUUACAGAGCCUGCAGUGGGUCAGACUUUACGGCGUCCGCAGUGGUCGCUUUGUUAAUGUGUGUGUUCCGUGCACUGCAGACGUCCUGCUCCUACAGAGCAGCAGGUGCGGAUGUUGUAUGACUUCUCAGAAUGGUUUUAUGUGGUCCGGAAUCCUAACAAAUCUCCGCUGCUCCCGUUCGCCCCAUUGUGUUUCUUCCAACUCCCCACCAUUUUCAUAAACCUCCUCUGACACCCUGAGAUACUGCAGCACAGGUAAGGAUUUGACCUAGCAAGGCUGAGGGACUGCAUUUCACUUUUUUCCCUUUUUUAAUCUAUUUUACUCAUUUAUGAAUACACUGAUACGAUUAGCAAUAAGAUAGAUUAUUCUGAUCUGUCUCUAGUGGCUUUUUCUCAUCUUAAAUGAGAUGGUUAAAAUUAUGAUUAACUUGAACUAUUUUUCAGGAAGGAUGGAUCAUUAAGAUUUACUCUUAAAAAGAGAUUCAAAAGUGUUCUCUGAAAAAUUUCAAGUAUCUGUAAAUUGGGAUUUAUUUCCAUAAAUAUUGGCCUAGUUAUUUGGUAUUUGAAAUCACUGAAUGUAUUUAGACUAGCAGGUGAAGAACAGAUUUUGAGAUGUUUUUGGUUUUGUUUACAUUCUAAAAUUGCCUCGGCAAUAUUUUAGAAGACAUAAAUGUGUCUAAAAAUCAGUCAGUGAUUUGUUGGCAGGCAGCUGCGCAGUUACAAAAAUUGGAUGGAAACACUUUUUCCUUGCCAAUGCAAAAUAGUUCUUGCCGUCCUAAGUCAACGUUUUCCAAGCUCUGGGUUCUGAUGAGCGUUGCUGUGCCAUCCAACAGGCCAAGAUGCCGAGGAUCUUGUGAGGAAAUUUUCCCUUUGUUCAGUGACCAUCCCUAGGUAACAUACCUGUAGUAUAAAUCUUGGUGUCAGACAAUAGUAACAAGCACAUUCCUUGUUUUUCAUCAUUAAACGUCACCUUCUUGCUACGUGAUCUACAGGGUACGCGAACUUUUUUCUUGUGGGGAAAAUCAUUCCAGGUUUGCUCUCUGCUCAGCAGGGCAUUCCUUAGCAAAGUGAAGGCAAGGGGUCGGCUACUGCUCAGAUCAUGAUAUUUUUCCUGGUUCUGCCUCUAAGCACUAGGUGCUCCCGUAAUUCGGUUUCUGGGAAUGAUUAUCACAAUCUUAACAAGGCCUUAAAGUGCCCUAUAGUCUUAUAUGAUUUUACUGUAAAUAAUAUUACAAUAAUCUAAGCGCUGACAUUUGUUUACGCUGCAAAUGCCAUUCCAGAGGGUUUGGGGGUGCCAGGGAGACCCUGGAGCGCCGCGGGAGGGCUCAGGCGCAGGGAAACGGGCUGCAGGUUCCCUGUGACUGCCAGGAGGCCUUUUGGGAGGGGAGGUCUCUCCGUCUUUGUUUUUCUCGGUUGAACUGAGGUGGGUUUUUUUUUUUCCUGUUCGUCACACUGAAAAGUUAAGAAAUCUGCUCAUAAUUUAAAUACUUAAUGCAUUUGAUAAAAAAUUGUUUGGAAUAAAAAAAAUAAAUUGAAGAAUUCCGCUGGAGUGCCAACAUAGUAUGCUUGAUUUUAAUUGUCAUCGUUUUCAAACAAACAAUAAAGACAACAACCUGGGUAUAUGAAAGGAUUUGGUGUUGCCAAAGGUUUAUUUUUUAGCCUAACAGGAUUCCAAUAGUG